AUGAUUCCAACUGCCUUCCGUCAAUUCACCUCUGCCCGUGUUGCUUCCAUGAGACCAACUCAACGCGCCAUGAACGCCGCUAAGAAGUCUGGCGUCCGUUACCCAGUGGAAAUGACCCCAUUGUUUUUGGCAAUGGGUGUUGCUGUCUGCUCUGCCAUCUUCUUCUCUGGUAAGAAGUUCUUAUAUGAUGACUCCUUGCGUGUUGGUAAGAAGAACCCUGACCAAUCCCACUUGAGCAAAGCUUUGGAACAAGACGAAUAG